AUGACUAGAACCUCCGUAUUAGCAGAUGCUUUAAAUGCCAUUAACAAUGCUGAAAAAACUGGUAAAAGACAAGUUUUAAUCAGACCAUCAUCCAAAGUUAUCAUUAAAUUUUUAUCAGUCAUGCAAAAGCACGGUUACAUUGGUGAAUUCGAAUAUAUUGAUGAUCACAGAUCAGGUAAAAUCGUCGUUCAAUUAAACGGUAGAUUAAAUAAAUGUGGUGUUGUAAAUCCAAGAUUCAACGUUAAAUUCGGUGAUAUUGAACAAUGGACCGAUAAUUUAUUACCAGCUAGACAAUUCGGUUAUGUUAUCUUAACUACUUCUGCUGGUAUUAUGGAUCAUGAAGAAGCAAGAAGAAAACAUGUUGCUGGAAAAAUUUUAGGUUUCGUUUAUUAA